AUGUCGUCCUCUUCACCACCCCCCCUCAUCUCCCACAUUUACACUGCCGACCCCUCCGCCCACGUCUUCAACGAUAAAAUCUACAUCUACCCCUCGCACGACAUCGAAUCCAACGUCCCCUUCAACGACAACGGUGACCAAUACGCCAUGGCCGACUACCACGUCUUCUCCCUCGACGACCCAGACAACCGCAACCUCGUGACCGACCACGGCGUUGUCCUCUCCACCGCCGACGUCCCCUGGGCCUCGAAGCAGCUGUGGGCUCCUGACGCGGCCUUCCGCAAUGGCAAAUACUAUCUGUAUUUCCCCGCGAGGGACCACGACGGCCUGUUUCGGAUUGGGGUCGCGAGCGGCGAGAAGCCUGAGGGGCCUUUCAAGGCCGAGAAGGACUUCAUUAAGGGGAGUUAUAGUAUUGAUCCGGCAGCGUUUGUGGACGAGAGCGGUGAUGGAAGAGGGUAUUUGUAUUUCGGGGGCAUUUGGGGCGGGCAGUUACAGUGUUGGUCCAAGUCCAAGGGAGAAGGAGAAGAAGGGGAAUGGGUCUUCGACGCCUCGAAAACCGGACCACAGGAACCGUCCGGAGCGGGCGAACGAGCCUUAUUCCCUCGGGUAGCGCGACUCAGCGAAGACAUGCUAUCAUUCGACACGCCCGUGCAGGAACUACAGAUUCUUGACGGCGAGACCGGCAACCCCAUUGCGGCGGAUGAUCACGAGAGACGGUUCUUCGAGGCUGCCUGGAUGCACAAGUAUAAGGGGACUUACUACUUUAGUUACUCGACGGGCGAUACGCAUUACCUUGCGUAUGCGACGGGCGAGAGUCCCUGGGGUCCGUUUACGUAUCGGGGCCGGAUCUUGGAGCCUGUGGUUGGGUGGACGACGCAUCAUUCUAUCGUGGAGUUUCGGGGGCGGUGGUAUUUGUUUUAUCAUGAUUGCGAGCUGUCCAAGGGGGUGAGUCAUCUGAGGAAUGUGAAGAUGAGGGAGAUUGGGUAUGAUGAGAAGGGGGACAUUUAUCUGAAGUGA